UUUGAGCCUGAAGAGAAAGUAGGGUCCAGGUGACAACUAGGAGCACGUUUGCGAAGAGAAAAGAACCGAGUUUUGGGGUCUAUGAGGCACAUGGAGUCAUUAUAAACACAACGAAAAUGCCUUGCUACUUACAUAUAGUCCUUCAUCUUGAGAAACAAUGUUACACGAUUUAAAAACAAUAAUACGCUUCCUUGGAAACAAUCAUCAUUGUUUUGGAAACAAAAAUCCGCUUUUUGGAAAACAAUGACAUCCCUUUUGAUGAUGAUGGACCAAAACUCAGACGUGAAGCUGGAAAAUCUCACACAAGUUUCUGUCCAUGGUAGUCACUUAGGUCAAGUGGAGCCAAUGUCUGAUGAUGUAUCAGAUGACCCAUCCUCCCCAGAGUCAACUACAUUCGAUGACAGUGACUUGCUCAGUGGAGUACACAGGUCACUCAUGAUCUGCUUGAAAUCUAAACUCCACGCUGAAUUGGACAAACCCAGAACGAUUUUUCUGGACAAUGGCUAUUCAGAUGUCAUUUCUUCGUACACUGGGGAAAGAAAGGAUCGCAAGUUUUUCGGCUGUCAAAAAGGUGGUGUGCCAGAUGACGUCACAACACACCUUGCCAACGCUGGACCAAUUGGUGUCGCUGCUGCUGCGGCCAUUGUUACUGGCAAAAAACGCAAGCGACCUCACUCAUUUGAGCUGACACCAUCAGUGCGUAAGCGGCAAGCAACGCGAUUGCUCCGCAAGUUGAAGCAAGUCAUUGAUGAAUUUACCACUCGUGUCGGUCAGCAAGCUUGCGUUGUUGUGUGCUGUCCAGGAAAGGUGAACUCAUCCUUUAAGGUAUUUGGGGCUGCACCACUAGAAAAUGUUGUACGAAACUGCAAGCAGCUGAUUAUGAAUGACCUCGAUAACGCGCUGCAGCAGCAAGCUCCGCAACCCCAGCCUGACACCUCAGGUUUGCAUGAGUUGCCUCCUUUAGUUGUUGAUGGAAUUCCGACGCCUGUGGACAAAAUGACGCAAGCACAGCUGAGAGCAUUCAUCCCAGUCAUGCUCAAAUACUCGACUGGAAGAGGGAAGCCAGGAUGGGGAAAGGAAAGCACUAGGCCGCCAUGGUGGCCUGAGGACGUGCCCUGGGCAAACGUAAGGAGUGAUGCAAGGACAGAAGAAGCUAAGGCCAGCGUCUCUUGGACAAAUGCGCUUAGAAAAAUUGUUCGAAACUGCUACAAAUACCAUGGUAGAGAAGAUCUACUGAUUGAGUUCAAAGAAAAUGGCGAAGCUCAAAGUGUGUCACAUGAAACACAGUAUACUCAAGUUCAGUACCCCCACAUGGUACACACGAUCAACAAUGCUGAUGGCACUGUCUCAAUUAUACAAGUAGAUGCUAGUGGAACUGUUACCACCCUUUCCGAAGCCACAACACAUUCUGAAGCGACCCAAGCUGUAGCAACGCUUGCAGAGGUCGCUGCUGCCUCGCAAGGGGAAAUGAUUCUACAAACCCAACAGGCAACAUCAAUAAGCAUCGACCCAGCUGCCCUGCAAGGGGGUGAGGGUGUCACUACCCUUACGGAAGCCAGCCUUCAAGACGGACAGCUCCUCCUUGGUGAUGCUGCAUCAGCGGCAGCCGCAGCGCUUGUUGGUGUGCAUGAAGGGUCGGGUGUUGUCAGCAUACCUGUUCAGGCAGCUGCUGCCAUGAUGCAGAUACAAGGAGGAAAUAUCAUACCCAUCUCAACUGCCACUGCUUUGCAACUUAUAUCUUCAAACGCAGCGCAAAUAUCGCUUGCAUCGCACACAGCCCUAGCUGCUUCAAGUUCGCCAGUAACAAACACCACUUCAAGUAUUCAUUUAGACAGUUUACCAAUAUCAGAGCAUUCUGUCGAGAAGUCGCACAACGAAAUUGUCCCUGUAGCGGUGCAUGCUGUCGAAGUGGACUCACUGGGCGAAGAUCCUGAAAGUCAAGUCAGUAGUUUUCUGUGCUGUCUCAAAGACCCCCUGUCGCCCUCCAGUGCUGAUGUUCACAAUAUGCUCCCGAUAGUUGGUCAGGUUGUUCAGUUGAAGCCAUUUCGCAGAAAGCUUUUGCCGAUUUCGUUCAAAACAACACAUUUUGUAUUGGAAAGAUAUAAUUGGCAAAACAGUUUUGCUAGUCAUUUAUUCUGUAUUUGAAAGAAUAGCUCAGUUUUCGGACCAAUUCUCGCAUGCGACAUUCCUUUUGUUCUUGCUGUAGAUGAGUUUUAUGUAAGAUUAAAUUUAUUUUCUAGGAA